UGAGUAUAGACCAUCUCAGAGUUUGAAAACGUUAACUUUCAUGAUUUUCUGAGUUUUUAAAUUUAAAUUUUUAAUAAUUUUAUUAUGUAUUUCGAUAAUUAUUAAACUCAGAUCAAUGCGCCAUCAUUGAAAAAACCUCUGCUCAACGUGUUAUCCAAAUAGAAAAUGAUGUCGCGCUCAUUUCGUGCAGAAACUAGAAGUCGAGCCAAAGAUGAUGGAAAAAGGGGAAUGCAAAAUAUUGAUAAAGUUCGAUCAUGGGAGAAGAAAUGGGUUACAAUAGGAGACACAACGAUGAGAAUUUUUAAAUGGGUACCAACAAUGGAACAAAAAAAGAAAAAUAAAGACCAUCAUCAUCACCACCACCAUCAUCACCAUCACAAUUCAUCCACUAUAGCCGGAGGUAGAGAAAAUUAUUCUGAUAAGGAAAAUAAUUUGUUGAAAAAAGAUCAUUCCGAAGAUAGUAACACGGACGAUAUAAAUUCGCGAUUUCCGGCAAAUGGCGCUGAAAUAUCUGAGUUUACGGAAAACCCUUUGGAAUUUUCAGAAGAUUCGAAUUCUCAAGAAGGCGAACCAAUUCCGUCAAAAAAGCCUCGAACAGAGUGAUCGAUUCGGACGAAUGUUAACAGCGGAUUUCGACAUUUCCAUUCUUGUUACUAGUCACUUGAAAUGAUUGAGUUUUUUUGCUUUUUGAAUGUUUGAAUGCUAUUUAUUUUUUCCCCCCAAUUUUUUUUUCUCUUUAUUUAAUUCUGUUUAUAUGCGGUGAGUGGAGAUCACGUGUACAUCGACGAAUAUUGAUUUCGCAUAAGUAUUUUUUUUUUUAUUAUUUAUUUGAUCGAUUUGAAUAUCAUUCUUGAUUCCAUUGUGUAAUUUAUGUUAUUUUUAUUUGUAUUGAUUCCGUGAAUUUAAAAUUACAAUUAUUUUUAUCAAAUGAGAA